GGGUUCCAAAGAGUUGGACACGACUGAGCGACUGAACUGAACUGAUUCUAUUCUUUCUGAUGUAAUAGUAAAUGGAAUUGCUUCUUGAACUUCUCUUUCUGAUCUUUCAUUGCUAGAGUAUAGAAAUGCAACAGAUUUCUGUGUAUUAAUUUUGUAAUCUGCAACUUUACCAAAUUAAUUGAUGACUUCCAGUAGUUUUCUGGUAGCGUCUUUAGGAUCUUCUAUGUAUACUCUCAUGUAAUCUGCAAACAGUGAUGGUUUAAUUUCUUGUUUUCCAGUUUGGAUUCCCUUUACUUAUUCUUCUUCACUGAUUGCUGUUAGCUGUGAUCUUAAAUGUCAUCCUGAACAGAACACCAUUUGGCACAUGUAUUCCCUUGAAGCGACGUCAGCUGCCCCAGAACUGAAGUCUGGGCUCAUGUGACCAAGCUCUGGGGUACACAGGCUGACUCUAGAAGCUCAGGAUAAGGCUAUGAAACUCAAGGGAGCUGGAGUGUUGAACUCCAGGGCAAUCUAUAAAGACAAAGACCAGAAGGAUCCAGUGCCCACUAGGCUUCCCCCUAUUAUCUCAGAAGAUGGGAAUUACUCCGUGCACCAAAAUAGCCACACAAAGUACCAUGAAGCUGUUCGGAAGGUAUCGUUAAAGACAUUCCCCAAUCAGGUCUUCAGGGUCCCCCUGACUGAUGCUCAGAACUUCAGCUUCUGGCGGUCCAACGGUGCAGGAGUGCGCCCAGAGGAGACCAUGCCCUGGAUCCGGAGCCCCCGCCACUGCCUCAUCAAGAGUGCAAUGACCAGGUUUAUGGAUCACUCUAUUCUCAAUGACAGAAACUUCAGUCUGUAUUGAGCAGGAUGUGUUUGCAGGACAAGAUAGUACUGCGGAUGAAGCAGUGAAGAGGGAGGUAUCCUGGUUCCAAUGGCUGAUUAAUGGGAGGAGGGGACUGAGAGAGUGCAAUAAAUAGACUGAUCUAGAAGUAA